AAAUUGAAAAUCUGACGAUUCAUGAAAACACUGAAGAUUACACAAUGUCCAUGGGGCCCAGGCAAUCAACAUUUAACACUUAUGUUAAUGACCAUAUUGGUGCACCGAUGUUAACAACACAGAGAGCAAAGUAUGGGGCACAACCAACACAGGAAGCACAAUCAAACAAUCAACCCCGGGGACGCAAUGGACAAUUACACGAGUACGUCAGAUGGGGCGAAGAUGAUGUUCAAUCACUGGAGCAUAAUUUGAAAGAUAUAGAUGACAAAAGAGACAGAAUUCAUCACAUUCACAAAUCUUGGGACAGCUACUUAUCUGAAUCAAAUCAAAACAAUCAGUAUAGUGAAAAUUCUGCAGAAUACCACGACUCAGAAACUGUAGAAUACAAUUCAGAAAUCGCGGAAAACGACUUCGACUCUAAAGAAUACAACUCGGAAAUUGAAGCCACGGGAUACGAUGCGGAAACUGUGGAAAACGAUUAUAAAACCAUAGACUACGAUUCGAAAAUUGAAGAAUUCGACUCGGAAGCUGUGGAAAACAACUUGGACAUAUCAAAAGACUCGAAUGAGCAGCAAGAAGUCGAAAACAAUAAAAUGACCAUAAAAGGUAACCGUUCUCCUCGUAUAUACAGGAACAGGGUACAAACUGAGAAACCUGAUAAAUACGACAAUAGAAAUGAAACGUCAGAAUUGAAGACACAAGUCAAAAGCGGGUUCGGUCGGAAGAUGAUGCUAAUGAAGUUGACACCAGCUGGACAGAACGAUGUCACUGCUGGUGUCAAGUCAGUUCAGAACAUAUCACAAACUCUCAUUUUAAUUGUGCAAUUUGUAAUUGGAAUAUUGUUUAUUUGAUUGAGGUGUUAUUGUCCUAUGUAAAAUUGAAAUUGAUUUGUAAUUCUCACACCGGAAUAGCCUGACAACGGUAAAGACAACGGUAUCUGACUUAACCGUCAGGCUAUUCCGGGGUGAUUCUAUCCUGUGUGGUGGGAAUGGAUACCACGCGGAUUUAUUAUCUCCCUACCGAUUGGUUGAUCCAAGGGUUUAAUCAAUUACUCGUAUAUAGUGAUAAUACUCAUUGAGGGUUAGUACGGACAGUAGAAGGGAAAAAGUCAUAAGUAAGUCAUAACCACCCUAUGCUUAGUGAGCGGACCUAAUUUCAAGGGUGAUGGUAAGACGAGGCAGGGCGCCCAAAAACCAAAGAAUAUUAGUACCAUAAUCUUUUAAGUCGUAUUAUUGCAGCAUAAGGUGAUGAU